GACAACUGUACAUACGACAAAAAUGGUAAUUUUGCUUUAUAUCUUUUUACACUAUAAAUCUACCCAUACCAUUUAUGGAUUUGCAAAAAGGACCCAAUUCUAUAUUUAAAGGUGCCCUGACGUUAAUAUUUUUUAAAGCGUUUUUGUUUACACACAUUCUUUAAAAGUACUAAAGAUAUCGUAAACAUUAGUAUAAUCUAAGUAGUAUAGUAACCAAUCAAAAAACAAAUUAAAAUGUAUUUGUCUGCACUAGACGAAUCAGGUGAAAAUUUACAUGGAGCCAGACAGGGAUUUGUGCCAGGCCCUCUUUUCUUUCUAUUCAUUUGCAAUUAAGGGUGGGAAAUAUGGCCAGAUAUCCAGGCUAAAAUGUUUCCUGCAUGCAUUCCCAAAUGAAUGCGUUCACCAUCAUCAUCCCCCAUUAGCCCCGGCUCUAUACCCAUCCUGGUCCUAUCAGUCCUAUCACGACCCUAUAACCUUCAUGUCAAGAUUUCUUAAAGCGGGUGUCUGUGUGUCUAAUUUUAUUAAUAUUCUCUUAUGAUGGGUAUUGAUUACUUCUUAUUUUUCCAAGGUUGCUUCUUCAACUUAUCCAACAACUGUACAAACGACAAAAAUGGUAAUCUUGCUUUCUACCUUUAUAUGACAGUAUAAAUCUAUAAUCCAGUGAAUUUAAAACUCGUUUUUGGUUGCUAUUUCAUACUUAAAUUGAAUAAAUAUAAAACAUUUUUACCAACUUUUGAUUGUUACUCAGUAACUAAGAAGUAAUUUUCUAGGGCUAACCUAGACAUGGAUCAAGUCCGUCCCUCCAGACUCCGAGUCGCGAAGCGACGAGAUCGAGCACGCCGCGAAGCGGCGCACGAGACUAACCUCGCGCGGCCGAUCCCUCGGACUCUUGAGAGAAAGACUUGAUCCAAGUCUAGGGCUAACCCACUCCUAACAUCUUCAUGCAAAACAAUAGUUAAGUUAGUGAGAUUAAGAAUUAAUCCAAGAUGGCGGACAGUUCAUCAAUGAGGCGAGAUAUAAAACAAGAUUUUACAAAUAAUUUUAACGUUCUUUCAAAUAAGACAAUGAAAAUGUUUGUUGCCAUUGUCCUUCGGGUGAUUUUUUGCUGAUGGUUCUUAUUAUUUUCAAGGUAAAUAUUUCUCCAACAUAUCAUCCGACAACUGUACAUGCGACAAAAAUGGUAAUUUUGCUUUAUAUCUUUUUACACUAUAAAUCUACUCAUACCAUAUGUGGAUUUCUAAAAAGGGCCCAACCCUUGCUGUUACCCAAUUCCAUAUUUGAAGGGGCCCUGACGUUAAUAUUUUUUAAAGCGUUUUUUUGUUGCCAUUGUCUUUUAAGUAAUUUUUUGCUGAUGGUUCUUAUUAUUUUCCAGGUAAAUACUUCUCCAACAUAUCAUCCGACAACUGUACAUCCGACAAAAGUGGUAAUUUUGCUUUAUACCUUUUUACACUAUAAAUCUACCCAUACCAUAUAGGGAUUUGUAAAAAGGGCCCAAUCCUUGCUCUUACCCAAUUAGGGGCCCAACGCUUGCUGUUACGCAAAAGGUGCCCUGACGUUAAUAUUUUUUAAAGCAGUUUUUUGGUGACUUAGACUUUUAUUCCCUUGCUUAGAAUGGUACAGAAACGUCUCAACUGAAGGAAGCUGAAAAGAUCAAGAGUAAAGACGCAGCCAAGAAAUUUCUUACGGUAUGUUUGUUUUUUAAAGAAAAACUAUUGAAAAGCCGGUCUAAUUCUAUUUUGGAACCAUCAUCAAGGAAACUUGAAAAUGUUUCCCUGACGAGCCCGCAAAGAAACAAAAAGUGGCCUGCGACUUGCUUGUGUGUAUGCCCACAAGCAAUUUUGGCCAAUAUAAGAAGUGAGUAACAUCUUGCUGGCAGAUGCCAUCAUCCCAUGGGUAUAUAGGAAGUCACGUUGCGACUUCAGAACACUCCUGAUGAAGACACUAUUUUGGAGUGUCGAAACGUUGGGUCGUGAAUACAAUGGACCUUUCCCCUUAUAACUAAAAUUUCGAUCUAGACAAAAAUUUCAUCACAGCUUGAAAGAGCAUCACAAAAUUAGUAAUAUUCCAAAGUUUUGUUGCAAAAUCUUGUAAAAUGCGGAUAAUAUAGCCUUGCGAAGUUUACCGUUUUUCAGUCAUUUUGUAUUACAAACGGGAAAUUGACAUUCGAUUCGGGUGUUGGGGCUGCAAUUUCCCGUUUGUAAUGCAAAAUGACUGAAAAUUGCAAACUUUACAAGGCUCUAUUUUCCUCAUUUUACAACAUUUUGCAACGAAACUUUGGAAUAUUACUAAUUUUGUGACGCUCUUUCAAGCUGUGAUGAAAUAUUUGUCUAGACUUGCCUGGAUCAAUAUUUUGGUUAUAAGGGGAAAGGUCUAUUCGACUGGCUUUUGCAUCCAUGCAUGUAUUAAAACCAGAGUAGCAGGCGAAACGUAGUUGCCGUGAACUCACAAUGUUUAUUAUUCCCUCAUUUAGGAAAUUGUUGGCGAGCAGAUCGUAGUGAGAAAUGAUUCAAGAGGUGAAACGAACAGUGCGAUAAAAUUUACUAAACUACUAGAAGAUAUUGGACUUACCUUGGCACGAAACACGCUGGAGGUUAAUGAAUCGGAAACUGUCGAUACUCCAAGCACAUGUAAGUUUCAUUGUUGCGCAAAAAUAUCUAUAAACUAUAGGCCGAGAAAUAAUGAACACGCAUGCUUCAUGACUUGUUGAAGAGUGUAGUAAGUCUAUGGUAAUCUAUAAUGGUAUAAGUUCUUUGAAUGUUUGCAUGGCGAUAAAAUAUAAUUGUUUUUGUUUGUGGAAACACCACGUAAAUUUAUUACUGCAAAAAAAAUUUAAAAAAAAAAACAUAAAAAAAUAUUAAAAUUUAAAAAUUAAAAUUAAAAUUAAAAUUUAAACACCACGUAAAUUUUAUAAAUUUACGUGGUGUUUCCACAAACAAAAACAAUUAUAAUGGUAUACUUCAAUAUUAUUGCCACGUGCUUUAGCUGGCACAAGACUCAAGGUGUGCUUAGUCUUUUUCUAAAAGAUAUUCAUUCUGAAACCUGAAAUUACCAGUUAUUUUCUAUUUUAGUUUUGUUGAUGAAUAAACCAGUAUCUGGAUUUACAUUUCCAUCAGUGGAACAGCAAAGUGCAAAGAAAAUCGAUGAAACUAUUUCGUUUCCGGAUGAUUUAGUGAAGACUGAUGAUGGAGGUAGUGAACACUCUCUUUAACUACAAUUAGUAUACAUUGUAGUCACCACGUGACGUCUGAGCUAAAUAUGGCAAUUACGCAAUCUACGUACGGUCUAAAGGGGGGACGUAUGUCAUUUUAUAGCAAACACCAUCUUAAUUACAUGCACCAGUAAAAACGGGGGGAAAUGAAUGUUUUCUGUGGAUUGUGACUGUUUUCUGGGGAUUGUGAUUAUUUCUGUAUUUUUCCGUCUUAGUGCAAAGAGCUUUUGUUUGCAUGGCCUAUUCAAACCUGCACGAAAACAUGGCUAGUGAAUUUACAAUGUAAGUGAUGAUUUGUAUUAUAUUUUUAUUGAUAACAAAGACUAACGUCGGUACAAUUCGCAUGAGUUCCCCAAACAGAUCUACAUCGAUAAAUUACACAUCAUUAAUGAGUUUUGAUGGACAAAAAGCCCGACCCUUAAUUGAUUAGCAAACCUUGCCAUGCACGGACUCAGUGACGUAACUACUACUGUAUGGGCUCGGACCGGGCGAAGCCGGGGGCCCCAACCCCAAUGGCCCAAAUGGGGGCCCCCAGGCUCAAGCUGUAGAGCAAAAACAUUGGCCAGGGCCUGUGAUAUAUCACAAUGUCCGCGUUUUCUGACCAUCAGAAUUCUAUAAAAUCUCCCCCCAAAGUCCGGGAAACGGCAUUUCAGAGAGUAUAGAUUCAAAACGUUUCCGGGUGAGCAUGCCCAGGACCCCUAGAAAACUCGUGCAUAUGCGGCGCUCAACUCGUGCCUUUGGCACUUUUUGAAACGAAAAUUUUGAACCGGGGGCCCCCUGAUAUAAUGUUACGCCACUGCACGGACUCGUUCAUUCGAAUUAUAACUAAGGCCUGUUUUAUACGUCGAAUUUCGGUCGCGCCGAAUGCAAUUUAAACAACAGAUAAUGAAGCUUAAUGAGGUUUAUCAUCUCAUCUAAUAUUGUUUGAAUUGCAUUCGACGCGACCAAAAUUCGACGUAUACAACAGGCCUAAUGCAGUUUUCGAUCAUUGGCGAAAUCCAACUUCUAACGAAACGUUUUUUCUCUAGAUCGUCUGAUUCGUUCGAACCAAACACGACAUUCGAAUUGAACAGCAAAAUUAUUGGAGCUGCUGUUUAUCCGCCAUUGAACAAAUCUCUAAACAACCCAAUUACAGUCACCUUCAGUCAUGCUAAGGUUUGAAUUUUAAACCUUUGAUUUUUUGGCAAUAUUUUUUUAUUUUCUCAUUUAAAGAACUUUUAAGACUGUAUAUAAUACUCUUUUACCAUGUUUUCAUAUCGUGCUUACUUUUACAAAUAUUUUGAUUGAAAGGAAUGAAAUGUUCGCCAUCUUGACAUCUUGUACUGAUAUGUAUGUCACGUCACAACUGGGGUCACGCAAUAUUUUUAUCUAGACAACCACUAAUCAUUUUGCACUCAAAACUAUACUCUGUCUGCCCUUCAAAAUAUCAAGAUCACUCAAAACCUUUAAAACAUCUACCAAUCAAUAUUUGGUCAGCAACGAAUACUUUUAGAUGGUUAAUCCCUGUUGUGACGUCACCAAGAGUACCGUUAAUGAGAUCAAAAUUUAUCCAAGAUGGCGGUCAUCUCAUUACUUCAAGUGAAAAUAUUUCAAGAACUAAGCAAGAUAUGAAAAAUCGGUAAAAGAAGUUAAUAUAGAGUUUCAAAAGUUCUUUCAAAUGAGAAAAUAAAAGUUUAUAUUGCCAUUUCCCUUUGACAGACAUGUUAUGUACCUAUCAAUUAUGUAAAUCCCAGGGGAGAGGGUUUUGGCAAAGGGUUAUGGGUUUUUCCUUGAUUGUACAUUAUCGUUUUUGACCUCGGCAUUUAACGCUUUUUUACUUGUUUGUUUAGAUAUCUUCUGGCAAACAGAUUUGUUCAUUUUGGAAUCACUCAAUAAGGUAGCUGAUUUCGGAUAUGUUCACGUGCUUUUUGUAUUUAUAAGAUACCAGUGCAUUGGGUGCGUGGGUUUGUCGGUCACCACAAUAAGUCAAAAAAUAUCCAACAUAUUAAUACGAAAAAGUCCAAGAAAAAUCGAUUAAAUUUUGGUUCAAUUUGGAUAAAAAUUGAACGAGAAAUUAGCAACAGUUUAUCUUGCUUUCAAAGACACAAUAAACUGAAUGCAUAAUUAGUCUAUUUUAUAAUUUAUGCAUUAGACGUGAUAUAAUUUAUUGGCGGAAAAGUACCUUCUAGUUUCUUUCUGCUUCAGAACCUAUGUACAACGGAGCGUACUUGUGAAUAUAGUUAGGUUUGAUAAUGGCUUUGAAAAAACGUUCAAAUCUUCAUCUUGAAUUUCAUGCCUUGUUUUCCAACAACUCAUAUUUCAUAUGUGUUUUCUUUAUAAUUUAUAUUCCUUCGCUUGUAAAUGAUUUUCGAUUCAUUCAGAUGAAGUUGUCGUAAGAUUAUAAUAUUUCUAGUUGAUUAAUAAAUCACUAUUGUACAUUAGAGAAUGGUCAACACAAGGCUGUGAACUUGACGAGGAACACUCAACAUCUACCAAGACAGUCUGUCUGUGCAAUCAUUUGACCAACUUUGCCUUGUUGUUGCAACGUGAAGGAGCCGUAAGUGUCUUACUGUACAUUUUUCCCUUUUGUGGGAAGCCCCUACUUCCUGAAGCACUCCUAAUCAAUGCAGAGUGUUUUUUCUUUGCCCUUAUUCUUUCUUUAUUACUUUACAUUGCAGUUCCACUAUAAUAUAUUAGCUAGAAUUUGUUAUUAGAUAUGCGCAGUAAAAGUGCGCGUUGCAAAACUGAUGAGUCACCUUAAAGGAAUAAUCCAUUGACCACAACGUUGCUAAUUUUGUCCACUUUGCCUUUUGGGCAACCAUCAAUUAAGGCAUCAAAAAUCUUCGUAUUACUGUCGUCCUAUUAUCUCAAUUUGACUUCUGGCGGUAAGGCUAUAGCCCCCUUCCCCGCCUGUUUCAAAGUGUGUAAACAGCCCCUUAGGUAUUAAAAAACGGUUUAAAAUAUACUUUGUUUGCGUUCGCUAGUUUUAGUUUGCGUGAAAUAGAACUGAUAUUUCAACUAAGAUUAUUUUCGGGCAGAUUGUCUAAUUCUGAAGACCGGGUGUAAAAUCGGGAGAAUAAUUCAAUAUAUACCAGGGUUUAUUUUAUUUUCUCGUUUCUUUAGCCAUACAGUGACCCUCCUCUCUCACUGAAAAUAAUCACAAUCAUUGGAUGUACAUUAUCAAUUCUUGCUUGUAUACUUUGUUUCAUCAUGUUCUUUACACUCAAGUAAGAAUCAUAAUGAUUAUUAUUAUCUAUAAUCUAUUAUUAUUUAUAAUUAUGCAGACUAACUUCGUUAGAAAAUUAAGUUUCUGAUAUCAACGAGGAACCUUUGAAUUAAAAUUAUCAAAAAUUUAAAUCAAGGUUUAAAUCAAAGUCUCCUUAAAUCUUCAAGAGAAAUUUAAUCGCUCUGAGGUGUAUUCAGUUAGUUAUAUACCAAUGACCCUUGAUAGGCAAAUUACUACUUUCCAAUUGUUGUACAUACUUUUUGAAUCUGUACUAGUGAUCCAUUUCCGCGAGUGUUUUGACUCUGUUUCAAUGUGCAUGGUUACGAGAUAUUUAAAGAUACCAACAGCGAUGUUUCUGUAUUGUAUGAAGACUGUCCAUAUAUGCAACUGCCUGUGAGGCAAUGGGCCUAAUUAUGGUAUUAUAACGCCAAAAAUUUAAACAUUCUUUUAUUAUAGGAAGAAAGAUAUCCGUCAUUAUCUGCAUAUUAAUCUCGCAUUUGCUAUCGCUGUUGCGCAGCUAAUACUGCUGUUUGGUAUCUCACAAACAAAAUAUGAGGUUAGAAACUUUUAUUUUGCCAUAUACCCACAGCAAUUUUCUCUAACUCGUUCCCUUAUUCCGCUAUCAAUCAAAGGCUUUCAGAAAUUAUUGCAUACGAGAGGUACAUUAUAUACUAUUUUAACAUCAUGUUUGUGGGUAUUCGUUAGAUUCUCUGCAAAGCCAUGGCCGCAUGUCUACACUAUUUCUAUAUGGUUGCAUUUCUCCUCAUGCUCUGUGAAGGUGUUCAUUUGGCAAUUUUGAUUGAGACGGCGUUCUCGCAUGGUGAACUGAAGCUGCCUGUUUACUUGAUUACAAGUUGGGGUAAGUUGAAGAAUUUUCAAAAGUACAAGUCAGAGCUGCAAAAUUACUGCGCAAAAAGGUAUUACACUGUGAAUUUCAACGAGUGUAAGGCGUUUUUGGUGAUAGAAUAGCACUUUUGGAGUUCAUUCGACUCCUUCAAAUCCAGUAUAAACUACGAUUGCAAUAGAGAACUCCCAUUAUAGGCCAAUUUUAAAACUAGGCAAGGAGAUGCAAAUGAAUCACCACAGUUAGAAAGAACAUACUCAAAAUGAGUAAAAUUGCAAAGUUUGGUUGCGAAAUGUUGUAUAUAAAAUACGGAAAAUAUAGCCUUGCAAAGUUCUCAAAUUUUGUAUAUUACUUUUGUAUUGCGUGCGCCGUGCGGAAAUUGCUACCACAUUUGGGCCGAAAAUGGUAGCAAUUUCCGCACGCAAUACAAAAGUAUACAAAAUUUGCGAACUUUGCAAGGCUAUAUUUUCCGCAUUUUACAACAUUUCGCAACCAAACUUUGCAAUUUUACCCAUUUUAUUAUGCUCUUUCCAGGAAUAUACUUCUUUUGCCAAGAUAAAAAUUAGUCUAUAAUGGGAAUUGUCAAUUACUUGUUUCAAAAGGCAAUUAAUCCAUUGAGCUGCGCUGCGCCCUGAUGCGCCCUACUCUAUUAUAAUUACUUGUAUAAAAGAAAUAAUUUUAACUGAGAAAAUCAAGGGGAAAGUUUAUUGAAAAAAGGAGAAUUUUGUAUAUGUGGAUACAACAACUCGUUAAAUAAUUAAUUUCGUUUGGAAUUUUCUUGAUGAAUUAAAUAGUUUGUUCGAAAGGAAUGAAAUGUCUGUCAUCUUCAUUUUUUGUAGAUAUGCAUGUCACGUCACAACAGGGGUCACGCAAUAUUUUUAUCUAGACAACAACUAAUCAUUUUGCACUCAAAACUAUACUCUGUCUGCCCUUCGAAAUAUCAAGAUGACUCAAAACUUUUAAAACAUCUGCCAAUCAAUAUUUAGUCAGCAACGAAUACUUUUAUAUGGUUAAUCAUUGUUGUGACGUCACCAAAACUACCGUUAAUGAGAUCAAAAAUUUAUCCAAGAUGGCGGAUAUCUCAUUUCUUCAAGUGAAAAUAUUUCAAGAACUAAGCAAGAUAUGAAAAAUCGGUAAAAAGAAGUUUAUAUGUAAUAUAUGAACAACGAGAGCGAGUGUUUCACCGGGAUAUCCAAACACGAGAAAACAAUGUAUGCAGAAAACACGAGCGCGAAGCGCGAGUGUUUUCAUACAAUAGAGAGGUUAAGAUACCCCGGUAUACGGGUACGGGUGAUAUACACGUACCCGUAAGUCGGGGAACGACUUGUAACUUAAGAAAUCCAAGAUAUUCCGGCGUGUGAAAACCGAUCAGAGAAUGGUAACUUUCGCUGUUGAGGUUCGCCAUAAAUUGUUGAAAACUUUGACGAGCAUAUGUGCAUUAUUUAUUUGGGUAAGAUGUUGAAAUUUUUUACUAUUUAAACGGCCGACAUAUAGUAAACAGAAAACACCCGUACCCGUUUGUCUUUUACGUGUAGACCAUGGUUUACCGCGGGGAAACGGGUAGAAAUUACGGGUAAGAAUGCUGACAUCAGCAAAAAUUGCUAAACAAAGUGGCGAUACUCGUACCCGUAAAUCGGAACCGGGGUAUCUUAACCUCCCUAUUGUUUUCGAGUGUUUGGAUAUCCCGGUGAGACACGAUCUCGAGUUGUUUAUAUGGCUUCUCAAAUGAAUCGAGACGUAACAGAAUGUUUUCGUUUGCUGAUUUGAAUAGAAUUCUUAACCAAGCAUAACGUAAUUAGGAAUUCUAUUCAAGUAAUUUUGCAUGCGUAAUUAAGAUAUUUGAUGAAAACACUAGUGACUUUCAUCAAGUUUCACCGGGUUAUCCAAAUGGCAUCUUGUGAUCAAAUAGGUGAUUAUCAUUGUCUGAAUUGCUCAUUAAUUAUUAAUGUAUUUGAGAAAUAGUUUUAAAAGUUCUUUCAAAUGAGAAAAUAAAAAUUAAUAUUGUCAUUUCCUUUAAUGUUUAUUUUUAACUAGGAUUGCCGUUAAUAAUUGUGGGAAUAACUUUGGGAGUUCGUUAUGAUAACUAUGGUGGAAGCAUCGCGUAAGUGGAUUCCAAUAUUUUAUAUUUUAGGCUACGUUUACACGCUGCGAUUUGUCGGGCCGAUUUUGGUAAAUAUAAUCGAUGCCCCUUCUUCGACAUUUAGUGAUUUAAACGUUCAAUUGAAGCUGUCCGCUCUCUCGUCUGUUCAUGUUAUAGUUUUCUGCGUGCGAAAAGUUUUCAACAAUUUUACAACGGAAGAAAAAUCGUUGAAUCGUGAGAAAAAUCUGUGGUUUUGUUACAGAUUUUUCUCCCGAUUUUGUGAAUCGCAAGGUGCUGACGCGAGUACUCACGACAGGUUAUUUACAUACAGCGAGCAAAAUCGGCCCGACAAAUCGCAGCGUGUAAACGUACCUUUAUACGACAAUUGUGUUAUAACACUAGUUCUGUUUAAUUCUAAUUUUGGGAUGCGAUAUGGAUUUUUUGGUCCUAUUUUGUAUAGAUGUUUUCUUUCUGCUGACCAAGGGACUGUCUACGCUUUCGUUGGUCCGUUUGCUUUUAUUAUGUUGGUAAGACAUCGUAGGGAUUAUUUUAUGGUGCAGGGAUAACCAAUUUAUGCAGUGAUAGAUUUUGUGGAUGCAUGUAAUAAUGAAUUUUCCCCUAAUAUUUAAGAAAUAUAGGUGUUAAGAAAUAUUGAAUUGUCUUUCAUUAAACACCCUGUAUAAUUGCUACCUACUUUCUUCUGUUUUAGAUCAAUUUUGCAAUUCUCGUCAUAGUUCUAAGGCAGGUUGUUAGGAAGACAUCGUUACCAAUCUCUUCGAAAACCGCAUCGAAGUUUGAAAUUGCAAGGUUCGUUCAAUUAGCCUUUCUCACGAUGACGAAUAUCCGCCAUUUUUGGGUGGCAUCCGAUUCUCGUUAACCAAUGUAGACAAUUAAAACAAUGCGAAAAGCAAUUUUUCAAAAUAAACUAGCCAUUUACAAAGCAAAUUUACCAUAAUUUUUCAAAAAAAUUAUAACAAGUCGCUGUUAUGUGGACUUAUCUCGCAGACUUCAACUGAAAUGCCACCCUCUAUAGAAUAGGAUUUCAGCACGUGUAUUAUAUAUAUACGUGUGUUUUUUGAACUAGCUAAUCGGAGGAUGGACAAACACCCUUCUUUUAAACUAUAAUUAAAUGGGAGAAUUGUUGUCUUUCCUUAGCUAUUGCAUUAGAACCAAUUCAUAGGUUACUGCAUGGUAGCGUCAGUAAUAUAAGAUACUCCGAAUAUUAACAAUAGUUAUGCGAUUGAAAACAAGAUCAAAACAGAAACAGAAGUUCCCCCGUUUCAAGUGUCACAUGUGAACGCGCAAAGCCCGAUACAGUCCCGUGUGUAAACAAGACGUUACCCAUAAUUAAGUGAAUUUUCUUUUAUUGUCAUAGAGCAACGAUUCGUUCAUUGAUAAUCUUAUUUCCAGUGAUGGGUUUCACUUGGAUAUUUGGAAUUUUGUUUUUCGGAUUCCGUACACUGGCGCUCGAAUAUCUUUUUGCGAUAUUCUGUUCGCUUCAGGUAUGGUUAAUUAAAUUAAACAACCGUUGAAAAUGUGCCGUAUACAUAACUGGAAUUUUGUUUUUCAACUUUUUAUCAUUAUUUUGUAAUGCAAAUUAAUUAAAAUGUUUGGUUUAUUUUAGGGUUUCUUCAUAUUUUUGUUUCAAUAUGCACUUAACACAGAGGUAGGGUGUUAUUUUCUAUCUUUUUAGUCGAGUUGGAUGAGUGAUGAGUCUUUAUAUUUAACAAUAAUUACAACUGUGCAGCUUAGAAUCAUGCAGGAUCUGUUGGAAUUUGAGAUUGUGAAACGACAUGAUCCUAGAACUUGAUCAAACUUCAUGUGGUUUAAAACUUAAUUAAAUUUCAUCCAGUCCUAGGACUUGAUCAAACUUCAUCCAGACCUAGAAGUGGAUCAAAUUUCACCCAGUCCCAGGAGUGGAUCAAAUUUCACCCAGUCCUAGGUCUUGAUCAAACUUCAUCCAGUCCUAGGACUUGAUCGAAAACGUCAUCCAGUCCUAAGACUUGAUCAAUCUUCACACAGUCCUAGGACUUGAUCAAACUUCAUCCAGUCCUAUGAACUUUAUCAAACUUCAUUCAGUCCUAGGACUUGAUCAAAACUUCAUCCAGUCCUAGGACUUGAUCAAACUUCAUCCAGUCCUAGGACUUGAUCAAACUUCAUCCAGUCCUAGGACUUGAUCAAACUUCGUCCAAUCCUAUGCCUUGAUCAAUAACUCCAUCCAUUCUUAGGACUCCAUCCAGUCCUAAUGCCUGGUGCUAGGACCAUGACUUGAGCACACUCCAUCCAAUUUCUCAUAAAUCAUAUUCCGUUUUUAGAACCGGUCAGCGUUCAUGCGUGCAACGCGAAGAUUGCGUUUAACAUUCUCAUCAUCUACCCACAGCACAUCUGCUAAUGGCCUGAAACACACCACUGAAACUAAAGGCAAGAUUUCUUCACCUGAACCGCCACAGGAAGAAGAUUCUUCAACUAAGGAUAAUUGUCAUCUCGUAUUAUACCGUACUGUUGAUGACCCAGCUGGUGGCACGAUAGACAGUCGAACUACAAGUACAUUUAUAUAGCACCCACACUAGUAAACACUGGUGUGACUGUACAGUAGGUAGCCGUACCACAAGUAUAGGUAUAUAGCUCAAAAAUCACCAACAGGCUUUGGUGUAUUAAGCAGGUAGCUUUUGAACCGUCUGUUGGCCUCUAUAACUCUUCCAGUAAAGAGAAAAAUCGUUCAAUGUUCCACAUCGAUCGCACUUUGUAAACAAAUAACUCUAUUUAGAAUCACACCCACUCAGCCAAUCAGAACUCAGUCUUUUAGUGGUCUGUAUCCCAUGAACUGCCUCACAAUAAGCGUCAUGGCAAUUACAGUUGGUAAUGGGCUAUAUAACUCAUUAUUUAGUAUGUUCUAUUUUGGAGAAGAGAAGAGGAGUUAUUUCACCUUUAUUUGUCAAACGAGAAACCACAGGCAAAGCAAUCAGGACUGCAAAUUUACUAGUUAGCUACAGUCCUGGUCAAAACCGUCUGCGACAUUCUAUUAAAACAUUCCUCUGUUUUUACUUUUGCACAAGAAUAAUACACUCGUCUUCUCCCCCGGCUCAAAACAGUGUUGGACGCAUAAAAAUUGCUUUAACCGUAUUAUGGGAAUGGAAUCAAUAUUAAAUACUUAAAUUGUGAAAGCUAGGGGAGGUUUUUCUAACUUUGCGAUGAUAUUACGAAAUUUGGUCAAACAAUGGAAAUGUCGCAGAAGUUUCUAAAAUAUUUUAAUUGACAUAAACUAAAUUGCAUAAAUACGUGUAACGUAUAGCCUUAAAGCAUUAAACAUACUUUUCAAGUUUGUUUGUUGAUUGAGUAUAAGAAAAUUAAAAUUUUAAUAUAGUCGUAUCACAUAACUAUGCUGAUUAUAGCUAGUUUUGAGCACGUGUUAUACGUAACCUAUAUAUUUAAUAUUUUGAGGACGUCGAUGGCGCAGUCCGAGAAUUUUAAAUAGCGAGUUUGGCAAGAUGAAUUACCGUUCAGUUUUUCUUGCUACAACCAUUCUGAUAAGAGAAAAAAGUUGUUUGAUUGCCCGUCAUGAUUUGGAUGAAAAGUCACGUAAUUGCAAUGUAUUUUACAUGUAUGUCCUAUUAGCCAUUUCGAAGUUGAUGAGUGCACUGGGGACGAGUGUUAAAAAGUGCCCAAAUUAAGAAAUGAACCAAAUCACUAAAAAGACCACCUCAAAAUUAGUAAGAAUACAAAGUUUGAAGACGUUUACAUGAAUAUCCUUCGAAUAAUAAGCUUUCGAAAAUCGCGA